AUGGAUUAUAGAGUUUGUUCUGUGAGAUUCAAUCUCAACGGAAUCCAAAACGAAGAAUACUUGGUCGAUAUAUCUAUAAAGCAGGUAGCUUUACUUGAUCAAGUGAAGAUAUCUAAACUGUUUCACUGUGACGGCUUGUUGCUAUGUGUUGUUAAGGACAACGCAGGGCUUUUGAGGAUUAAAGUGAGUGGAGGAGAAGGAGGGAGAAGAAAGAUUGAAGAUAGUUUACUCUGUUUUGAUUUUAUAAGUGAGAGAUUUGGACCGCGUCUGCCUCUGCCUCUGCAGUUUCACUCUUAUCGUUCACAGACUUUGACUUUGUCUUGUGUUGGAGAAGAGAAGCUUGCUGUGUUUAUUUACCUCCGGAGUAUAUCUAGUGUAUAUGAGUUUUGGGUUACGAAUAAGAUUGAUCCCAAUGCAGUGUCUUGGAGCAAGUUUUUGAGAUCGUUCCGUGGUUCUGAUGUUGUCAUUGGAGCUGGGAGGUUUUUCAUUGACGAGGAGGAGAAAGUUGCUGUGGUUUUCGAUCUUGAUUACAAAUAUAAACAGACUCGUUACCAAACAGCUCGCAUCUUUGGGGAAGGUGGAUACUACAAAUCUGCGGAUUUUGGAGAAGCUCCUAAUCUUUCAAAACCUGACAAAUCAUACAUGCUUGAAUAUGUUUGGAAGGAAUACUGUUACCCAGUUGUGUGCUCUUCUUAUGUUCCAAGCUUAGUGCAACUGCACAUCAACCAACCAGGCAAAAGGAAAAUUAGAGAUUAUUAA